CAGUGGAUAUAUUACAGUCCCAGCACUGCAAUAUGCAGAAUAUUCAUUGCAAGUUUAUCUUCAUGAUAAGUGUGUUAUGGAAAGCGCCUGGGGUUCACACACGGAAAGGCGUCAAGUGUGGUGGCGUGCUCUCUGCCCCGAUAGGACACCUGUCCACCCCGAACUUCCCUAGGGUGUACCCACCUUACACUGAGUGCAGCUGGCUGAUUGUUGUGUCGGAGGGAUCCACCAUACAACUCACGUUCCAGGAAUUCAGCCUGGAGUACCACGAUGCCUGCGAAUAUGAUUAUGUGAAGAUUUACAAUGGAGCAACCAGGGAUGACGGAAAUCUUUUGGGAACAUUCUGUGGUUCCAAUUUCCCCCCAAAUAUCACGUCAUCAUGGCACGUUCUGUCUGUCAUUUUUCAUUCAGACAAGCACGUGGGCAGCACAGGAUUCUCGGCUACAUACAGGAAAGAUAUCUGUGGAGGCGUCCUCACUGGCCUCUCGGGGGUAAUCACCAGCCCGGAUUACCCUGACAACUACCCUAACAAUGCGGAGUGCCACUGGCUGAUCCGAGCGGCUCCUCACUCCAAGAUCCGACUGGUUUUUACAGACUUCCAGCUGGAGAGCCAAGAGUGUAACUUUGAUUAUGUUGCAAUAUUUGAUGGCUACGGUCUGGAAGAACAAGUUGACCAUUACUGUGGCACCACCAAACCCCCAGACACCACAUCAUCUUCCAAUGAGCUGCUUGUAGUCUUCAAAUCUGACUUCAACAUUGGAGGACGGGGGUUCAAGGCAUACUUCUCAUCCGGGGAAUGCCAGGAUGUGUACACAGCUGUGACAGGCAACAUCACCAGCCCUCGCUAUCCGGAAAUGUACCCCAAUAAUAUUAUAUGCCAGUGGAACAUACAGUUACCACCAGGUUUCCGCAUCAAGAUGUUUUUCCGGGAAGUGGAGCUGGAGGAGAGAAACAGUCUGACGGAGGAGUGUGACUAUGACUACAUUGCGGUCUAUGAUGGACAGAGCGUGGGGGACAAACUGCUGGGGAAGUGGUGCGGGUAUGAGCUACCACCACCAUUGGUAUCCAGCAGGAAUAAUCUACUGCUGGUACUAGUGACAGACAGAGACACAGCCAGCAGCGGCUUCCUGGUGUUCUAUAUUGGGUUGGUGCCCAUUAAUGUCAGUUGCACCCGCACUGACUUCCACAUUCAGAUCCCAAGUCAGUCUGUCCCUCAGCUGGAGAAGAGUCACAUCUAUCUGGGGUCACCAACGUGUGCCGCUCAACUAUCUGGCAGCAACUACAAGAUUUAUGCUCGUUUUGACACAUGUGGAAUAGGUCCACAGAAGAGGAACAGCACCUCGGUCAUUGUGAGUGUCCUCUACGUGGACUUCUCUUUGGGAGCUCAGACAGAUGUCCAUGAAUACGAGGUGCAGUGUGAACCCAAGAGGAAAGAGGCCUCUGUGCGCAUCCUGUCCGGCUCAGACCCAGCCCAGCUAAUUGGGUUGAUGGAGAAGACUGGGGAGUCUCACCUUCCGGAGGCCGCAGCAUCAGAGAGCACUGAGCGGGUGCAGGACAGCAGUGACGUGGUCUUCAUUAGCAUCUGUAUAUUAGCUGGAGUCCUCAUGCUCAUCGCAGUGGUGGGACUGGUAUUACUGUGACAUCAUCACUGGGACAAUUACUACAACCAAGGCAGGAAGAGUGGGAUGAACGAUGGUUUAUGAAUGAAACGUCAGUGCAAAUAAAACACAUUUCAUUUCAAAUAUUGUAUCGGACAAGACCAACCACGUGGAAGCCAAGAACAACCUAUUACAGUCUGCGUCAUAUGUUUAUUAUUUAACAUGCCUUGCUUUGUCAAUUUUCUAAGUAAUCUAGGUUCUAGACUGAAUAAGAAGAGCAUACACCUCAGUCUGUUUCCUGCACAAUUCAGUAGGUCGUAGAAGAUAACAAUGAAGCCAAUCAGUGGGGUCAGAAAGACCAUGUCAGAGUCUUCCAGGAUUGUCGGAGACUGGAAAGAAGGAUAAAAAGAUAAUAGUGCCUUAAUGACGUUUCUGCUGGGAUACACGUGUAAGAUAUAAUGAACCAGGGAAGCCUGGAUGAUCAUUUUAGGGGCUUAGCCAAUACUUCAAGCUACUGUAUUCUCGGCCCUUCCAUGAUAAUGCAUGAGCGCAACCCUAUCUAUUUCUAAGUUUCUGCUAUUGGCAUAUCCAUCAACUGGUCUUUAAAAGGGAAUACAUUUUCGUUCAUUUUCAAUAAAUGCUGAGCACAAUCUCUGGGCCGAAGACAAUCAAGCACAAAGAACCUUACGUCGGACAUAAAGCUAGGAUAAAACAGCAAAAUCAACAGAUAGAAAUAGGACUCAGCAAGUGGGGAUCAGUCCAUUCUCCCACAAAGAAUCUCAGUUCCAAAUAAUAAAGUUUAAAUGUCUUUUGCAAAUAUGUAAAA